UGUUUUCCGUCUGAUUCAGAUGUGAAACUUUUCCCGUGGCCUCUCACCCAGUUGCUGUGUGUUGCCUCUCUGUCUCAUCACUCCCUUCUUCCUCCAGCCAGGCCCCUCCUGUGCCCCUCCCCAGAGUUCUCUUUGGUCAGUAGCUCAGUUCUGCUGAGACCUGGAGGAGGAAGUUGGGCCCAAGAGGGAGUCAUUCCCCCAGGGGGCCCUGGGGACCCCUGGGGCGGCAUUUUGAUCCUCUGAAGUAGGACACUUUGAUUCCCAUGGCAAAUCCUGUUCCUGUGCAGAGGAGCCACCUUCAGGGCCCCAUCCUCAGGGACAGAGAGGCUGUGGACAUGUACCACCCCGCCUUCCCUGCCAUGACCAACGGAUGUAAUGGAAGCAUCUUUUGAUUGCUGUUGAUGCCACAGCUCACUCUGCUGGGGGAAACUGGCAGUCUCAGCUCUUGGUUAUUCAGGCUAUGAAACAGAUCAUUCCCAGAACAUCAACCCGGGGGCUUGUACCUGGCUCAUUCUGCUGGGCCUGGGCAGUCUGAACAAGAGUUUUCAGGAAGCACUGACUGAAGAGAGGUGUGGGGAGGUCAGAGGUUGCGCUACAUGGUGAAGCAGCUGGAGAACGGGGAGGUAAACAUUGAAGAGCUGAAGAAGAACCUGGAAUACACAGCUUCUCUGCUGGAGGCUGUCUACAUAGACGAGACACGGCAAAUCUUGGACACGGAGGACGAGCUGCAGGAGCUGCGGUCAGAUGCCGUGCCUUCGGAGGUACGAGACUGGCUGGCCUCCACCUUCACCCAGCAGGCCCGGGCCAAAGGCCGCCGCGCAGAGGAGAAGCCCAAGUUCCGGAGCAUCGUGCAUGCGGUGCAGGCUGGGAUCUUUGUGGAACGGAUGUUCCGGAGAACGUAUACCUCUGUGGGCCCCACCUAUUCCACUGUGGUCCUCAACUGUCUCAAGAACCUGGACCUCUGGUGCUUUGAUGUCUUUUCCUUGAACCGGGCAGCAGAUGACCACGCCCUGAGGACCAUUGUUUUUGAGUUACUGACUCGGCAUAACCUCAUCAGCCGCUUUAAGAUUCCCACUGUGUUUUUGAUGACUUUCCUGGAUGCACUGGAGACAGGCUAUGGGAAGUACAAGAACCCUUACCACAACCAGAUCCACGCAGCUGAUGUUACCCAGACAGUCCAUUGCUUCUUGCUCCGCACAGGGAUGGUGCAUUGCCUGUCGGAGAUCGAGGUCUUAGCCAUCAUCUUCGCUGCAGCCAUCCAUGACUAUGAGCACACAGGCACUACGAACAGCUUCCACAUCCAGACCAAGUCGGAAUGUGCCAUCUUGUACAAUGAUCGCUCAGUGCUGGAGAAUCACCACAUCAGCUCUGUCUUCCGAAUAAUGCAGGAUGAUGAGAUGAACAUUUUCAUCAACCUCACCAAGGAUGAGUUUGUAGAGCUACGGGCCCUGGUCAUCGAGAUGGUGUUGGCCACGGACAUGUCCUGCCAUUUCCAGCAAGUGAAGUGCAUGAAGACAGCCUUGCAGCAGCUGGAGAGGAUUGACAAGUCCAAGGCCCUGUCUCUACUGCUCCAUGCUGCCGACAUCAGCCACCCAACCAAGCACUGGUCGGUUCACAGCCGCUGGACCAAGGCCCUCAUGGAGGAGUUCUUCCGCCAGGGCGACAAGGAGGCAGAGCUGGGCCUGCCCUUUUCUCCCCUGUGUGAUCGGACUUCCACUCUGGUGGCACAGUCGCAGAUUGGGUUCAUUGACUUUAUCGUGGAUCCCACCUUCUCUGUGCUGACUGAUGUGGCCGAGAAGAGUGUCCAGCCCCUGGUGGAUGAGGACUCCAAGUCUAAGAACCAGCCCAGUUUCCAGUGGCGCCAGCCUUCUCUGGAUGUGGAAGUGGGAGACCCCAACCCUGAUGUGGUCAGCUUCCGCUCUACCUGGACCAAAUACAUUCAGGAGAACAAGCAGAAAUGGAAGGAACGGGCAGCAAGUGGCGUCACCAACCAGAUGUCCAUUGACGAACUGUCCCCUUGUGAGGAAGAGGCCCUGCCCUCCCCUGCCGAAGAUGAACACAACCAGAAUGGGAAUCUGGACUAGCCUGGGGCUGGCCCAGGUCCUCAAUGAGUCCAAAGUCUUUGAUGUCAUCAGCACCAUCCAUCGGGACCGGCUCCCCCAUCUGCUCCAAGGGAGCAUGGAGGUUGAGGAACAGACAACCCACCCGAAGGCCAAAUGCCAGAGAUUGUGGGGUUGGGGGAAGGGCCCCUCCCCACCUGACACCCAUUGGGGUGCACUUUAAUCUCCCAGCAGGAAGUCUGGGGAACUUCAGGCUCCCAGUGGUCACUGUGCCCAUCCCCCUGCCUCUGGACUCCCCCCACUUCUCCCCCUGCCCCCAUCCCGAGGCCAGAUGGCUGGCUGGGAGUGGGGAGCUUCUUGGAGGCCUCCCAGGGCCCAGGGGGGAGGGUCAGAGAUGCCAGCCCCUGGGCCCUCCCCCAUCCUUUUUGCCUCCAAGUUUCUAAGCAAUACAUUUUGGGGGGUUCCCUCAGCUCCCCCCAGAUCUUAGCUGGCAGGUCUGGGUCCCCCUUUUCCUCCCCUGGGAGGGGCUGGAAUAGGAUAGAAAGCUGGGGGUUUUCAGAGCCCUGAGUGUGGAGAGGGGAGUGGGCUUCUUCAGGGCAUGGGACCUUUCUAGGGCCUGGGAAUGCGGGGGUGUUCUCUUUACCCCAGACCUAUACUGCUUCAGCGCCAUCCCCAGCCUCCCCGCCCCACCCCA